AUGGACCCUGUUUAUACUGAAGAUUUUGAACUUGAAGAUGAUGUUGUUGCUUUGGGAACAUGUAGUGGUAAAGUUGAUGGUUCUGUUAAGAAGAGGCUGUUUGAUAAUAGUGAUUCCUUGCAUAUUUCUGUUAAGAAAUGGAAGGUGUUGUGUGAUGAUCGUGACGAAUAUGAAGAUGAAGAUGGUGAACUGUCGUCGGAUAGAGCUAAGAGUCUGGGAAAAUCAGUUGAUAGAUCAUUUUCCUCAUUGAAGAACGAACUUGAGUUUGUUGAAAAAUCAUUUGAGGAGUGUAAAAGGAAGAGGAGGAAAGAAGAGAAGAGAUUGGAGUCUGUAAAGAGAGAGAUUGAGGAGUGUAGCAGAGAGCUUGGAAAUAAGAAGAAGCUAGCUGGUUGCGUUAGGAGAAUUAACGAAAUUCACAAGAAAAUGCUGGGGAAAGUUGAAGGAUGUGUUAAGGAUUUUGUAGGGAAGGAAGCACAGUUGUGUUUGAUAGAGGAGUUGAUUGGAGAGCGCAAGGUAGAGCUUAGGGUAAAAGAGAUAGAACUUGGUCGAGUCAUGAAUAACAUUUCAAAAGAAAGGGAAUUUAAAAGCCAAAUGAACGAGCUGGUGGAUGAUUUGUUGUUAAAACAGAAGCAUUUCGAAAGGCAAACCAUGGAGCUUGAGUUAAAAGAGAAGCAACAUGAAGGGCUAGUGAUGAAAUGGGAAUUAAAAGAGAGAGAAUUUGAAGGCCAAAUGAAGGAGAUGGGAUCACAGAAGAGGCAUUUUGAAAGCCGGCUGAGGGAGCUUCAGUCAAAAGAGAAGCAAAAUGAAAGCUGGGUGAAAGAGCAUGAAUCAAAAGCAAGAUAUUAUGAAUGCCAAGUGAAGGAGCUGUUGGGUGAUUUGGUAUUAAAACAAAAGCAUCUUGAAAGCCGAACCAAGGAGCUUGAGUCAAAAGAGAAGCAACAUGAAGGCCAAGUGAAGGAGCUGGAAUCUAAAAAGAAGGAUUUUGAAAGCCAAGUGGAUGAACUCAAAGCAAAAGAAAGGCAAUGGAAAGGACAAGUUAAGGAACUUGAGUCUAAAGAGAAAUUACUUGAUGGCCGAGUGAAAGAGGUUGAUUCAAAAGAGGAUGAAUUUAAAGGCCGGGUGAAGGAGUUGGAAUUAGAAAAGAAACAUUUUGAAAUCCGAAUGAAGGACCUUGGGUCAAAAGAGAAGCAACACAAAAGCCGGAUGAAGGAGCAUGAUUCAAAAGCGAGAAAAUUUGAAGGCGAAGUAAAGGAGCUGAAAUCUAAAAACUUACAUUUUGAAAGCCAGGUGGAGGAGCUCAAAUUAAAAGAGAUGCAACUGAAAGGAAAAGUUAAGGAAUUUGAGACUAAAGAGAAGCAACUUGAUGGCCCAGUAAAGGAGUUUGAUUCGAAAGAGGCUGAAUUCAAAAGCCGAGUGAAGGAGCUGGAAUCAGAGAAGAAGCAACUUGAUGGCCGAGUGAAGGAGUUUGAUUCAAAAGAGACUGAAUUCAAAUGCCGACUGAAGGAGUUUGAUUCAAAAGAGACUGAAUUCAAAUGCCGACUGAAGGAGUUGGAAUCAGAGAAGAAGCAACUUGAGGGCCGAGUGAAAGAGUUUGAUUCAAAAGCGGCUGAAUACAAUGGCCGAGUGAAAGAAUUUGAUUCAAAAGAGGCUGAAUGUGAAUGGCGAGUGAAGGAGCUGGAAUCAGAAAAGAAGCAACUUGAUGGCCGAGUGAAGGAGUUUGAUUCAAAAGAGACUGAAUUCAAAUGCCGACUGAAGGAGUUGGAAUCAGAGAAGAAGCAACUUGAGGGCCGAGUGGAAGAGUUUGAUUCAAAAGCGGCUGAAUUCAAUGGCCGAGUGAAAGAAUUUGAUUCAAAAGAGGCUGAAUGUGAAUGGCGAGUGAAGGAGCUGGAAUCAGAAAAGAAGCAACUUGAUGGCCGAGUGAAGGAGUUUGAUUCAAAAGAGGCUGAGUUCAAAGGCCAGGUGAAGGAGCUGGAAUCAGAGAAGAAGCAACUUGAUGGCCGGGUGAAGGAGUUUGAUUCAAAAGAGGCCGAGUUCAAAGGCCGGGUGAAGGAGCUGGAAUCAGAGAAGAAGCAACUUGAUGGCCGAGUGAAGGAGUUUGAUUCAAAAGAGGCUGAGUUCAAAGGCCGGGUGAAGGAGCUGGAAUUAGAAAAGAAGCAUUUCGAGAGCCGACUGAAGGAGCUUGAGUUAAAAGAAAAGCAAUUCAAAGAACAUAUAAAAGAGUUCGAGUCAAAAGAAGAGGAGUUCAAAAGGCAAGUGAAGGUGUUUGAAUCAAAGAAGGAGGAAUUUGAAAGUCAAGUUAAGGAUCUCAAUUCAAAAGCGAAGCAAUUUGAAAGCAAAAUCGAGGACUUCAAAUCAAAAGAGAAGCAAUUUGAAAGCAAAAUUGAGGACUUCAAAUCAAAAGAAAAGCUAUUUGAAGAACGAUGGAAAGCACUGAAGUCAAAAAAGAAGCAAUUUGAAGUACUAGUCAAGAAUCCUGAAUCAAAGCUGAAUGAACAUGAGGAAAAAGAAUCAGCUACAUCUUACAUGGAUGAUGAAUCAAGUCCUCCCAUUGAUGAAACAAGUUUGCAGUUGGUCUCUUGUGAGCAAUCUGACAUUCUAGCUAUUCUGCGAGAAUCAUCGGAUCCAGCAAAGUUGGUUUUGGAUAUAAUACUGAACCCCAUUCUUCCACAUGGUGAUAAGAAAGGAGACAAUGAUGUGAUUGUUGAUGAUAGAUGCAUCUAUCUGCUAGAACAACUGAUGAAAAUCUCACCAAACAUUAAACCUCAUGUAAGAGCAGAAGCAAUGAAGCUAGCACUUGAAUUGAAAGAAAACAUAAAACAUAAUACUGAGAAUUCUUUGGAUGUUCUCGGUUUUAUGCUGAUUUUGUCAAUUUAUGGAUUGGUUACUUCUUUCGAUGAAAACGAAGUUUUGGAGCUUUUUGCAUAUGUUGCUCAGCACAAUAUAGCUUUGGAGCUGUUUAGGGCCCUGAGUUUUGCAAAUUAA